AGAGUUCGAUUCUCGGACAGCGUACUGGCAACACAAGCGGGGGAGGCAGGACCAAGAGUGUGGAGAGCUCACCAGCUCUCGCGGAACCGGAGCGAGAAGCCUCUCUCCCGAUCCUUUCGGCGGAGGAAUUCUAGCUGGCGUGGCUCGGCGGCCGCCUCCACCUUCCUUCCCUCCACCCGACGUUCAUUCAGAGCCCUCCCUGGAUGGGACGGUCCGCACACCACGUCUACUCGGUGCCGGGUUCCCCGCGAUAUUUUGUGACUGCCUGUCCGUGCGGUGCUCGUGCUAGCCUGUGCUCGUCGGCUCCCUAGACCCGUCGCGGAAUAGGGAGGUCGAAAUGACCCGGUUGGGAUUGCGAUUCGUCGCAUCCGCAGUCUUCCUGGCCGGGAUUGUCAGUGGGCAAUAUAAUCACACACAAUGGACGAAUCCGCAGCCAGUUGUACCACUCGGCGGACGAGGUGAUAUCGGUAAACCUAGCGGUGCCGAUGACGACUACAACAUUUCGCCACGAUUCAGGGAUUAUCUUAGGAGAAACGAAGGUCUUACGGAGGAUCAAGCUAGAGCUAACAUAGCUCAGUAUGGCUACGACAACGACGACGGCUACGGCGACGAGGAUGACGACGUAUACGGCCGCCAACCUGGAGGACAACAGGACCGUUAUGGAGGCGAAGGUCGAGGGUUCUACAAUCAGGGCCAAGAGCAAGGCUCCUUGGAUCCUUAUCAUCAAGGAGGCGAAGGCAGAGGGUCCUACAGCCGUGGACAAGAACAAGGUUCGGUGGAUCCGUACAAUCAAGGAGGCGAAGGCAGAGGGUCCUACAGUCGCGAACAAGAUCAAGGCUCUCUGGAUCCUUACAACCAAGGAGGAAGCGAUCCCUACGGUAGACCUCGAGGUUACGGGGACGCUUACCACAGAGGAUCAAGCCAGGACUCGAAUCCUUACGACGAUCGCUACGGAGAAAAUCGUGGAUCCGGUGAUCCCUACAAUCGCAGUGAUCCCUACAACCGCAGCGAUCUCUAUAACCGUAGUGAUCCCUACAACCGCGGAUCGACCGGUUAUUCGGGUCACUCCCAAGGCCAAGGAGGAUACGGUGCCGCCGGAGACUCGGAGAAUUAUCCGAGCAGCUACUCGGCUGUACCGAUUCCAGGACAACAGAAGAAUUGCACCGGUUCCAAUUGCUGCGUGCCGAAAUGUUUCGCGGAGAAAGGAUCUAGGGGUCCCCCAGGUGUGAUGGGGAUACAGGGCCCAAAAGGUCAAAGAGGAUUUCCCGGAUCGGAAGGUCUUCUGGGCCCGAAAGGUGACAAAGGUGAACCCGGUCCUCAAGGUCCACGUGGACCAAAAGGCGACAGAGGGAAAAUGGGUAUGCCCGGCUUCCCUGGUAUAAACGGUGUUCCCGGAGUUCAAGGUGAAGCAGGUUCUCCGGGACUUCCUGGUCGAGAUGGAUGCAACGGGACAGAUGGUGAGCCUGGUCUCCGCGGUGUCCCCGGAGGACCAGGUCCCCGUGGUUUCCCAGGUGCGCCUGGGCCCAAAGGAGACAAAGGACAAUCGGCAUUCGCUGGAUCGUACCCUGUCGGUCAAAAAGGCGAGCCAGGCAUCGACGGCGUGAGAGGACCUCCAGGACCACCGGGACCUCAAGGGCAACGUGGAUUGCCUGGACCGAAGGGUGAUCGUGGACCCUAUGGCCCUCGUGGAGCGCAAGGCUCGAAAGGAGAAAAGGGUAACAUGGGUCUUGGAUUCGAGGGUUUGAAAGGUGACAAAGGUCAGAAGGGAGAACUUGGAUUGCCGGGCACGCCCGCGCCAGAGAUACCCUUCGAAGGGACGGUUCAAGUGACGGGAGCACCUGGCGAGCCCGGAGAAAAAGGAGACAAGGGUGAACGUGGGUACGUCGGAUCGAAAGGUGAACCUGGCCCGCAAGGAGAUCACGGUAUGUCUGGAGGUUUGGGGGCGAAAGGAGAAAAAGGAUUGCCUGGAUCUCCGGGAAUUCGCGGUAGGGACGGUUUCUCUGGGCCUCCUGGACCACCCGGACGUAAAGGUGACAGAGGUCACGACGGGCUGGAUGGACUUCCUGGACGACCUGGAAAGAAGGGAGAGCCAGGACGAGAUGGACCCAUGGGCGUUUCAGGAUUGCGAGGACCUCCUGGACCACCAGGAGGCGGUAAAGGUACACCUGGGCCACCAGGACCAAAGGGACCGCAAGGGUUCCCUGGUCCCAUUGGACCACGAGGUUCCGACGGAUAUCCAGGUGAUCCGGGACCCAGAGGACCUAUGGGUCCGGCGGGAGGUCCUGGCUCUCAAGGUAUCCCUGGCCCUGAAGGUUUACCAGGAGAGAAAGGAUCGAAAGGAGAGCCUGGGAUCACUGGAUUCCCAGGGACCACAGGGCCACGUGGUUACGAUGGCCCUCCCGGUCCCUCAGGUCCGCGAGGUCUCCCCGGCGACAAAGGAUUAUCGAUCGUUGGCCCUAAAGGAAUGGACGGAUCGCCUGGUCAAGACGGAGAGAAGGGCCAGAAAGGUGAACGCGGUUACUCCGGCCCGCGAGGAUUCCCAGGCGAUUCCUUGGACGGGAUUCCAGGAUCGCCGGGAGCGUCUGGCUUGCCAGGAGAACCAGGAACUCCCGGGAGAGACGGUCUUCCGGGAGUUCCAGGGCAGCCUGGCGAGAAAGGAGAGAUAGGAGGACGUUGCCAGAACUGUUUGCCAGGAUUGCGCGGGCUGAAGGGUGAUCGCGGUUUGGAUGGUAUUCCUGGAAUAACAGGACCGAGAGGACCGCCGGGAGAGCGAGGAUAUCCCGGCGAACCUGGUUCCGAUGGACUACCUGGAUCUAUUGGACCCCCAGGCCUACCGGGCAAGGAUGGUAUUCCGGGUACGCCAGGUCCUCAAGGACAACCUGGUGCGCCAGCACUGAUUACAGAGAACAUGCUCAAAACGCAAAAGGGCGACAAAGGUAUACGAGGUGAACCUGGAAGGCCUGGACCGCCAGGCCCGCAAGGUCCUCCCGGCGAAAAGGGCCUCAUGGGAGUCCAAGGUCUCCCUGGAAUGAAGGGCACUGCUGGAGAUCGCGGUUUCCCCGGGCAAGAUGGCAUCCCUGGAAGGCCAGGUACGCCUGGACGAAAGGGAGAGAGUGGUAUGAGCGUGAAAGGAGAGCAAGGAGAACCUGGACUACCAGGUCAACGGGGUCAGAAGGGCGAAUCUGGCUUCGACGGCGCCAAAGGCGAACCUGGCUUGUGUCCCCCGUUAAACAUUACCGAGGGCUUCAAAGGUGACAGAGGACCUUCGGGCGAAAGAGGAGCGCCUGGACCACCGGGCAGGGAUGGAUUUAAGGGUGAAAAGGGCUUGCAAGGAUUUGCGGGUCCGCCUGGUCCUCCAGGACCAAUCGGCGCUCCAGGUCCAGUCGGGCCUCGAGGAUUGCCUGGUCCCCGUGGCGACAAGGGUAACAUGGGACCCAUGGGUUUCCCUGGAGAGCCCGGUCGCGAUGGACCCAGAGGAUUUCCCGGUGCGCCAUCCCCGAAGGGAGAGAAGGGAGAGCCUGGAAUAUCGGUGAAGGGUAGUCGCGGUUUGCCUGGACCUCAAGGUCCAAAAGGCGAGAGAGGACUUCCAGGACCACCAGGAAAGGACGGACCGGUCGGUUUCCCGGGUCUGCAAGGAUUCAUGGGAGAAAAGGGUGACUCUGGAGAGCCGGGAAUAAGCGGGCUCCCUGGUGGGCCUGGUGAGAAAGGAGACACUGGCUUGAUGGGACCUCCGGGUCCUCCUGGCGUAGCAGGAACUCAUGGCAUGGAUGGAAUGAAAGGUGAACCAGGAUUGCCGGGUGAGCCUGGUAGGCCAGGCCUUCCAGGGUUCCCAGGCCAGAAGGGUUCGUCCGGCGAGAUAGGAAUCGACGGGCCGAAGGGCUAUCCUGGAAGACGAGGCCCGCCCGGUGCACCAGGUAGACAUGGCGUGGAGGGUUUACCUGGUUUGAAGGGAGAACGAGGCGAGAAAGGUUCUCCAGGUUUCCCUGGAUUGGUUGGAAUGGAAGGUAAACCAGGACGCCCUGGUGCACCUGGACCGAAAGGAGACGAAGGUCUCCCUGGACCACCUGGAUCGACAGGCCUUCCUGGAUUCGACGGACCUAAAGGCGAUCGAGGCCCUCCAGGAUUGCCUGGGCCCAAGGGAAACGCAGGUCUGGUAUCGGAGAAAGGACAGAAAGGUGAGCCAGGAAUACCGGGCGUCCGUGGUCCUCCUGGUCCUCGGGGCAGAGAUGGCUUCGAUGGUCUGAAAGGAGAACCCGGAUCGCCCGGUAUCGGCCGGGACGGACAACCUGGAGCUAAGGGCGAACCUGGUCAGCCAGGUAGGGACGGUUUGCCAGGAUUCCAAGGGCAAAAGGGUGACGCGGGAGUGAGAGGGUUCAGCGGACUCAAAGGAGACAUAGGACCGCCAGGCGCGCCAGGUGAACCAGGUACACCUGGAAUCGACGGCUUACCUGGCGAACCCGGUGAAAUUGGGCCAGGAGGGCCUCGCGGUUUCCCUGGUUUGGAUGGCGAAAAGGGAUCUCCAGGAUAUCCUGGAAUCAACGGUGUCAAAGGAGACCGUGGUCUUCCAGGCGCCGUUGGACUGCCUGGUAUCGUUGGAGCAUCCGGAGAGAAAGGUGACCGUGGACCACCCGGGCCAACGAUUCAGGUGAAAGGCGACAAAGGUGAACCAGGAAUCCCUGGACAACGUGGCUAUCCUGGAGAGAAGGGAGACCGAGGUUUGGAAGGUCUUGUUGGGUACACCGGCGAGAAAGGCGACAGAGGUUUACCGGGCUCACCUGGAAAUCCAGGGCCACAUGGACUUCCUGGUCCAAAAGGCGAACAAGGACCACCCGGAUUAGAAGGUGUCCCCGGAUUAACAGUGAAGGGUGAAAAGGGUUUGCCAGGCUUGUCCGGAAAACACGGCCGCGAAGGAAUCCCAGGACGGCCAGGAGAGAAGGGAGAGCAAGGAUUGCCAGGUUUGCCAGGUCACAAAGGAGACCAGGGUCCUUACGGACCCGUUGGUCCGCAGGGCGAGAAGGGCGACAUGGGUCCUGUGGGCAGUCCUGGAAUGCCUGGUCGUGACGGAUCUCCUGGUCUCGAAGGAAUGCCAGGACUACCCGGUGAAAGGGGCGAGAAGGGAAAUACGGGACCACCAGGAUUGCCAGGAUAUCCGGGCCAAAAGGGAGAUGCAGGAUUCCCAGGUGCGAGCGGCCUGGACGGAGCGCCAGGAGAAAAAGGCGAGAGGGGUUGGGACGGGGUGAACGGUCCUCCUGGAGGACCCGGGGAGAAGGGCGACAGAGGAUACCCCGGCGCAGUAGGAUUAAUGGGUCCUAUUGGCUACAUUGGUCCGAAAGGUGAAAAGGGAGACGAUUGCAUCGAGCCACCGAUGGGACCUAAAGGAGAUCGCGGAUAUCCAGGACCUCCCGGACCAGCAGGACAACCAGGAGAGAAAGGACCCCCAGGACCGCAAGGAUUCCCAGGAUUGGACGGACUGAAGGGUUCGCAAGGUCCUCCAGGACCUCUCGGGCCAGUGGGUUUGCCAGGAUUGUCAGGACCCGACGGCGCCCCUGGAUUACCAGGUCUUCAAGGACCCGUGGGCGUUCCGGGUCCCGCGGGAGAACCAGGAAGACCGUGCGACGUUGCACCUGAUUAUCUCACCGGUAUUUUAUUGGUCAAGCACAGUCAGGGCCAAACGGUGCCCGUUUGCGAUGCGGGCCACAUCAAGCUCUGGGAAGGAUACAGCAUGCUGUACACGGACGGCGACGAAAGGGCGCACUCACAAGAUUUGGGUUCCGCAGGCUCGUGCGUACGAAAGUUCUCGACGAUGCCCUUCCUCUUCUGCGACGUCAACAACGUAUGCCACUACGCCAGCCGCAACGAUCGUUCUUACUGGCUCUCGACCAAUAGUCCGAUUCCCAUGAUGCCUGUCGAAGAGACGGCGAUAGAAGAAUACAUCUCCAGGUGCGUGGUGUGCGAAGUUCCAGCGAACGUGAUAGCUGUACACAGCCAAUCGUUGAGCAUUCCAGAAUGUCCGCAAGACUGGACCGGUCUUUGGAUCGGAUACAGUUUUAUCAUGCACACGGGCGCUGGAUCGCAGGGCGGCGGGCAGUCGCUGUCGAGUCCUGGCUCCUGCCUGGAGGACUUCCGAGCGACGCCGUUCAUCGAGUGCAACGGCGCCAAAGGACACUGCCACUAUUACGCGAACGAGUUCAGCUUUUGGAUGGCCACCAUCGAGGAGUGGCAACAGUUCCAAAGGCCCGAGAAGCAGACCUUGAAGGCAGGAAACCUCAGGUCCCGAAUUAGUCGCUGCCAAGUGUGUAUAAAGAACACGUAGACCCGCGGGCAAGCGCGUCUGUUCUUUGCUCUCUUUCCUUCUGCACAUGUUUGUUAUUUUCUCUCUUUCUGUAUUCUCCUGUAUAUUUUUUUUUUUUUUUUUUACCCGACAAAGAUUAUUGCUACCGAUGAAUAGAGUGUACGAACAAAAAAAAGUCAAGAGAAGGGAUGUAUCAAAGUCUCGCGAUGGAACGGAAGAUCGUUCACCGGCGAUGUCAAAAUAAAGAGAACGGCGAGGAUUUCCUCCAUCGAUUCUUUUACGCUACCCCGGCCCCCCCCCCCCCCCGAGAUGGGCGAUGUUUUCAUUCGAAUAAAUCGAGUCAAUUAGAAACAGAAAAGCCGACGAUGCUUGUUCGAUCGAAGACGACCGAACGAUUUGUUUAUUUUGCGGUGGAAAAGUUUCAAUUAGAUCGUACAUCUUGUAUUCCUCGAAAUUAUUCUUCUGUUGAGAAUUUCGCUCGUCGUUCCGGGGGUAUUCCCAACUUUUCCGUUGCAUACAUCUUGCCCUCGUUAUUUUUUACCUCGACCCACUCACGCUCUAUUGCCACCUCUUCGUGUCUUUCUAUCCGCUCUCCUUUCCGCCCUCCUCGCGACUACUCUUUCACAUCUCGCUGAACUUCUCUUGUUUUUACUGCCCGUCUUCGAAUUUCUCGCGAGCCUCCGCCCCCCCCCCCUACCCCCACCCCACCGUACGCCGUAAGGUUAUUAUUAUUAUUAUUUUUUUUUCUAUAAUUAUUCAAAAGUGCCCAGCGUACUAUUCUCUAGCAUGUAAAGUAAUAUAUAUAUAUAUUAUAUAUAUAUUUAUAUCUCGUUAAUGUCGUAUGAAAAUUAAGUUUAUCGUACUAUCAUCGGACACUGCCCAUAUCCAAUAUGGCACAUUUUACAUGUUGUAUAUUAAUAUAAACGAACUCUAGCCUGGUAAACGUGUGAAGCCAAAUAUUUAAGUGUAUAGGUAUUUUGCUACGUAGCUAAUAAAAUUCUAUUUUCAAACUUC